AUAAAUAUCUGGGGGUCAUUUUUGACCAUCAGCUGAGUUGGGCACCACAUAUGCAGUGUGUCAAGCAAAGGCUACGACGGAUGCUGUAUGGUCUAUCUCAGUUGAGCCAAGUACUUGAUACCAGAUUAAGUAAAAGAGUAUACCAUGCUUAUGCACAGUCAGUGUUACAGUAUGGUAUCAUUGUCUGGGGAGGGGUGUCAUCUGCUAGCCUGGAGCCUCUCUCGGUUACCCAGCGCACCAUUAUAAAAAAAAUUCUUAAAAAAGAACCCAGAUAUCCCACGUCGCUGUUGUUCUCGGACUUCCCUGUGCUCAAUUUAAGACAACUGUAUAUUAAAACACUUCUCACAUAUAUCAGGAAACACAAAAUAGAACUACUCAGCAAUAUUCAACAUAACUAUCAAACUCGACACAGAAAUAACCAUGGAUAUUCAACACCUCAAUUAUAUCACGGAAUAGAACUUAGGUCUUCUCACUAUCUAGCACAAAUCGUCUAUAGAAACUUGCCCAAUGAUAUCAGGGAGGCUGAGAGCUGCAGCGAUGUGGUGUAUAAAAGGAAGCUGUUUAAAUGGUUGAUUGGCAUAGGUUGGGCUGGAACCGAGGGCUUACUUCAUUCCUAUGCUUCUUAAAUCUCUACAAUUUAAUAAAUAAAUUGUCACAGUCUUGAGUCCUCUUGCUCUUUUUUUUUUUAGCUCU